AUUCAUGCAAUUCAAAUGGGAAUUGCAGCACUGUGCGCAGACAGCAUUGAAAUGGACCAGAGACCAAAUUUCACCGGCACAGUCGCCAGCGAAUUGGCCAAGCGUACGGUUAUUCAACAAUGAUCGGGCGUCCGUUUCCACUGUGGCAGCUAUUGCUAUUGAUGCUGCUGCUGCCACUUGCCUUGGCCCUGAAAACGACACUAAGAAAUAGAGAGCAGCAGCAGGCGAAUCUGGAGCAGCUGCGUCAACUGGGACUUGGCAAUGUGAUCAGCCUGCCCAUCUACAGCGAUCUGCCCCGCGGCAAUUAUGACUUCAUUGUGGUCGGAGCCGGUGCCGCUGGCUGCACGCUGGCCGCACGACUCUCCGAGAAUCCCAAUUGGCAGGUCUAUUUAGUCGAGGCAGGCGGCGUGGAGAACAUAAUGCACUUGGUGCCGCUGCUGGCGCCCGCCCUGCAACUGACCGCCUCCAACUGGAACUACCAAUCGCAGCCGCAGCCUCGCGCCUGUCGCGGCAUGCCCGGCAACCGUUGCGCCCUACCCCGGGGCAAGGUUCUGGGUGGCACCAGCUCCAUUAAUUUCAUGAUCUACAAUCGCGGCAAUCGGCGCGACUUUGAUGCCUGGGCCGAGCGGGGCAACCGCGGCUGGAGCUAUGACCAAGUGCUCCCCUACUUCCUGCGCAGCGAGUCCGCCCAGCUCCUAGGCCUGGAGCAGUCGCCGUACCACAACCACAGCGGUCCGUUGAGCGUGGAGGAUGUGCGGUAUCGCAGCCGCUUGGCGCACGCCUAUGUCCGUGCCGCCCAGCAGGCGGGUCAUCCGCGCACCGACUACAAUGGGGAGUCACAACUAGGCGUGUCCUACGUGCAGGCCAACACGCUGAAGGGUCGCCGGCACAGCGCCUUUCGGGCCUACAUUGAGCCCGUUCGACAGCGCCGCAACAAUCUGCACAUUCUAACCAUGGCCCGGGUCACUCGCGUGCUCAUUGAUGACGCCACCAAGUCCGCCUACGGCGUGGAGCUGCUACACGGAGGUCGUCACUAUCAGGUGCGCGCACGGAAGGAGGUCAUCUUAUCGGCGGGCGCCUUCAACUCGCCACAGCUCCUGAUGCUCUCAGGCAUCGGACCAGAAGAUAAUUUACGUGCCAUCGGGGUGCCAGUGGUCCAGGCCUUGCCGGUGGGAAAGCUCCUCUACGAUCACAUGUGCCACUUCGGACCCACUUUUGUGACGAACACCACGGGCCAGACGCUGUUCAGCUCGCGCUUGUCGGUGUCCACGCUGAAGGACUUUACGCUGGGUCGCGCGGACACGCAGCUGUCCAGCAUCGGGGGCGUGGAGACGCUCACCUUCAUAAAAGUGCCAACGGCGCAAACUCCCGAGAAUCAACCCGACAUUGAGCUUAUUCAGGUGGACGGCAGCCUGGCCAGCGAUGAGGGCACGGCGCUCACAAAGGGCGCCAAUUUCAAGGGUGAGAUCUAUGAGAAAAUGUAUCGCCAUCUGGCCAGGCACCAGCAGGAUCACUUCACCUUUCUCGUCAUGCAAUUCAAGCCACAGUCUGUGGGCCGGCUCUGGCUGCACAAUCGCAACCCGCUCGAAUGGCCACGCAUUGAUCCCAAGUAUUUCUCGGCCGAACAGGAUGUGGAGCAGCUGCUCGAUGGCAUCAAGGAGGCCAUACGCAUCGCCCAGAUGCCAGCUCUGCAGGCUAUCGGCGCUCGUAUCCUGGAUCGCCCCGUGCCUGGCUGUGAGGACAAGCCGUUCGGGUCGGACGAUUACUGGCGCUGCUCGAUACGCACCUUGUCCUACACGCUGCACCACCAGGUGGCCACCUGCCGCAUGGGUCCGGCGAGUGAUGCCACCGCCGUGGUCAGCCCCGAGCUCAAGGUGCACGGCAUGCGCAAACUGCGCGUGGUCGACACCAGUGUCAUCCCUCUCCCGCCCACCGCCCACACGAAUGCAGCGGCCUUUAUGAUCGGCGAGAAGGCGGCCGACCUAAUAAGGUCCGAUUGGCUUUGAGGCCCAAGCUGACCUAAAGAGCUGAAUAACUGAAUGAGUUGGCUACGUCAAAUGUAAAUGGGCCAAUAAAAUGCGAGUUGAAAGCUGGCGAGAAUCGCUAUGGAGAACACUAAUGAGAAGAACAACAAGUCCAACGGGUUUUCGGUGCGACCAAAGGUGCACAAAAUUGUUAGACAGUCGCGAAUUUAAAGUUUCGUGGCGGGUUUUUAUAAGUUAAAUGAAACCGCG